AUGGCACUGAAAAUUGUUCGAACUUCGUUACUUCUAGUGGGAGGUACUCUUAUUUUUGUUAUUGGUAUUCUUAUGGGUUCAACUUUAUUUGGAAUAAAAGAACAGCAAUUCAUCAUAUAUCCUUUAGUGUCAGAAAAUGUGAUAGUAGAUGAAACAUCACAGCCACCGAAAAAACAAAUGUCCACAUCAUAUUCUUCUACACAUACUAAAAGUCAACUUUGGUCGACGUAUCUUGCUGAUGAAAACUACUAUCGUAUAGCUGGUCUUUUACCAUGCCGCACGGUUGAAUACACCGGUGGUCCAAAACCUCACAUAAUGGAUUCUUGUGACCAAUCAAUUAUAGAUGAAUUUUCAGUAGAAGCUACGAUACAUGCACAAAAAUGGAUUUAUGAACAUCAGAAUCCAGCGGAUUGUAAAAAUAAAAAACUUGCUAUAAUUAAUAAAUAUGCUUGGUCUGGCUUUGGAUCAACUGUACAUCAAAUUGUAUGGGCAUUUGGUGCGGCAUUAGCUGAAGAUAGAAUUGCUGUUUAUCGAACGCCAGGAGAUUGGUUAUAUGGUAACUGCAAAUUCGGCACACCAGAUUGUCUUUUUCUUCCUAUUAGCAACUGCUCUAUUCCUUAUAAGGAAGAUGGUAAUCGAACGAUUGAUAUUCGAGCUAAUAUUGAUCAUUGGAUUAAACCCAUACAUCCGCCAAUUUUUCAAAAUCGAUCUUUCAAUUGGUUUCGUUCACAAUUAUUAUUCUAUUUAAUGCGAUAUAAUCCUACCACAUUAACUCGUGUGCAACAUAAAAUUGCUGAAUAUUUUCAUCCACCAUCAGUUAAUGUUCAUCGUCCAUAUGUUGCUGUUUUUGUACGUCGAUCGGAUAAAGUGAGUACACAAGAAAUGGCACAAGCGUUUUCUCUUGAACAAUAUUUUAAUUUGUUCGAUGCUGAUGCUCAUCGAGCUAAUAUAACGAACGUUUAUAUUAACUCCGAAGAUGAAAAUGUAUUUAACGAAUUCAAUCAAUUAAACAAAAAUAAAAACGGAUACUAUAAAUUAAUGAGUAUUAAUACUACAAGAAAUGUUAAUUUCGCGUCAUUAGUGGCUUCGUCUGUAGGUCAGCGUGCUAGAAUUAUUUUGGAAUUUCUCACUGAUCUUUAUAUUGAAGCUAAUGCUGAUCUACAUGUUGGUACAUUAACAUCGAAUUGGUGUCGCUUAGUUGAUGAAAUGAAGCUUGCCCUAGGUAAAAGGAUACCAUACUAUACUCCUGAAAAUAGAUUUAUAAUAGAUAUGUAA